GGGGGGGGGGGGGCGGUGGGGGCUCGGCGUAUGCGAAAUCUCUGGCAGCGCUUCCCCAUUGCAUAGGAUGAGCAGACACUCCAUUAUAAGUGUAUUCUUUAUAAAAAGCGAGUUUACUUCUUUUUAGACAGCAUUACAGGAGGGCGAUUCGCUAAUCAAAACGAUCAAAAUUAAAUCGCUCGGAUGCGUGCAGCUUUGGAUUUUGGAAUACAUGUAACAUGGUGCGCCGGAGCUGUCUUUGGGUUCCGUACACCGUGGUGAUCAUGUCUUACUUCAACCCGGAGAGAGCGCUGGCGGCUCCGCAAGACAACGAUGGGGUGGUCCAAUCCCGCGCCUCACCCUUGGCCCCACCUCCCUAUGUGGUCGUCCUGAUUUCGGGCUCUGGGCUCUUCUCCUUCGUCUUGCUCCUGCUGGCCUGCCUUUGCUGUAAGAGGGGUACCGUUGGCUUCAAUGAGUUCGACAACCCUGAUGGUGAUGAGUUUUCAGGUGACUACAGCCCCCCAGCUGAGGACAGCUCCUCUUCACAGUCCAUUCCAGAGGUGUACAUACUGCCUCUGUCUGAUGUCAGCAAUGCAGCUUCCCUGCACUCCAAUGCUGUUGGAGGUCCACAUGGCUUCAGCAGACACAGUCUCAGUUACCUUCAGGAAAUCGGCAAUGGUUGGUUUGGAAAGGUCAUCCUGGCUGAGAUUUUUUCAGACUCAAGUCCAGCACAGGCUGUGGUCAAGGAGCUGAGGGUCAGUGCUAGCCCUCUGGAACAGCGGAAAUUCCUCACUGAGGCUCAGCCUUACCGGAGCCUCCGACAUCCCAAUAUUCUCCAGUGCUUGGGUCUGUGCAGCGACACCAUUCCUCUUUUACUUGUGAUGGAGUUCUGUCAGCUGGGAGACCUGAAGCGAUACCUUCGAGCACAGAGGAAAUCCGAUGGCAUGACUCCUGACCUUCUGACUCGAGACCUUGCUACUUUGCAGCGCAUGGCGUUUGAAAUCACAUCAGGGCUGUUGCAUCUCCACCAGAACAACUAUAUCCACAGUGAUCUUGCUCUCCGGAACUGUCUACUGACUUCUGACCUCACCGUCCGUAUUGGAGACUACGGGCUGUCACACAAUCACUAUAAGGAAGAUUACUAUCUCACACCAGAUAAAUUGUGGAUUCCUCUUCGAUGGAUUGCACCAGAAAUUUUGGACGAGUUCCAUGGCAACGUGGUGGUGACCGAUCAGAGCAAGGAGAGCAAUGUGUGGUCGCUCGGCGUGACAAUCUGGGAACUGUUUGAAUUUGGAGCUCAGCCCCACAGGCAUUUAUCUGAUGAAGAGGUGUUGACCUUUGUGAUAAAAGAAAGACAAAUUAAGCUGGCAAAGCCACGGUUGAAACUUCUGCAUUCUGACUACUGGUAUGAAGUAAUGCAGUCUUGCUGGCUCCCUCCUGCUCAGCGUCCAACUGUAGAAGAGAUCCAUCUCCUCCUUUCAUCUUUGCUUGCUGCAGAACGAGGCAUGGGUACAGAAACCGAUGACACCUUUGAACAGCGCUGGGACACUCUUAAGCCUCCUCCUCUUCAUCACUUCUUUUCUACGCCUGAGGAAAUCCAGGGUCCUCAUGCUCAUUACAUCUCCAAAACCUCUUUCCCUCUGCUGGAGCAAGUGAGUUCCAGCUCUGGUCCCAUCACUACUGUGACUGUUGACUUGGACGACAUCUUGACUGUCACCGAGACCAGCAGAGGUCUGAAUUUUGAAUAUUUGUGGGAGCAAGCUCGUCGAGGGCGUGGCCAAGCAACUAGAACCCGCCCAGCCACCCAUCCCAUUCCAAUUACAGGAUCCACUCCUCACACUCAGGCCAAUCUGCUGUCCAGGACACAUAAUAGACAUAGUCUGGAUACCCCAACAGUGGUGCCUGUCAUCAGUGCACGAAGCCCCUCAUUGGCCAGUGAAUAUUACAUUCGCUUGGAAGAACAUGCUCCUAAUCCUAACUCUCCCCCACCAAACCAGAAUUCUCUUGUUCCCACACUUGCAGGCGAGAAGGGUCAUAUGUCUUCUGACUUACAGCUUCAGCAUUUCCAGUCUCAGAUUUCACCUCACAGAAACAGUCGAUUCUGCAUCAGCUCUCCGCCUAAAGGACGGUGUACCCUCACAUACUCCCCUCCUUUGAUGGGGUUGUCACAGACUCACAAAUAUCGCCACCAGUCUGAUUUUGCAGGCAAAAUGUUACCCUCAGCCAACAAUGAACAGAAAAGGAGUAUGGGAAACGCUUCGAGUGACCUUGAACUGACAGAGAUAAAGCCACGAAGUAAUGAUCUUGAAUUUGAUCACAUGAGAUUGUCAAAGACAAUACCAAGUAAGAACAGAGAAAAUGCUGAAUUGAGGCAAGUGAAAGUUAUGGCGAGACCCAAUAAUAUAAUAAUGACCAGAGGACCUGAACUGAUCACUACUGGACAAGUGUUUUCUGAGCAAAUCACAGCUGAAGCAGCUGAAAUACUCUCUCUGGAACCUAAGAUUAUGCCAAUGGACAUUUCAAUGCCUAGAGAAUGUGCACUUUCUAGCACAAGGACGAGUGACUGUGGCCUUGUGGAAAUUACAGUGCCCAACCAUUUGCAAUCUUACGUAUCUCCAGCUAAGAGUGGACGUGGGUUGAAAGAAAGGUGUGCACUAGGAAAUGCUCAACAAAAAACAGGACGUUACUCCCACCAAGCUCAAUUGGCAGUAGAACUCGAUCACUCACUUCCAGCUCUCAUUCCCAAACCAACCUUUGAUAAUAUAAAAAUGACGUCUGCAUCCUAUUUACGCAGUAGACCUCUUCCAGCCCCUCCUCGAUGUGCAUCGUUUACAUCAGAUUCAGCUGAACUAACCACAUUUCAUAGGGUAUAUGGAAGGAGACUGAGUCUUGAAGAAAGUGAAUCCAUGGAUUGCCUGAUGCGAAAUGUAAACAACCAAAGCAUGCUGAGCAGCAGCCUUGACAAAUCUUGCGGACUCCGAGACGUUCGAAAUCACCAAGCUGUAUCCACCUUUCGCUCAGGAGGCUGUCAAAGUAGCAUUCAUGAAUUUACCGACCCCUUGAUGGGCACUGCCAUCGGAUCAUUUGACCCUCUUGGUUUUCAACGUCAGCGCCGUCCAGUUGUUGCUCCACCUUCUCCGUCUCUGUCUCCUUCAAUUCCCCCUUCUUCCUCCAUGUCUCAUUUGUCUAUUCCACUGACUCUCUCAUCCCGUCCACUCCCUGCCCCACUCUCCCCUUCUCUGCCUCCACCACAGUCCUCCCCCCCACCACUUCCUGUAGCUUAUCAGCUGGAAGAAGAGCUGCCCAGUCUAGGCUUUGCAGAAGGCCUAACGACAGAUGGAGAACACAUGGAGGCUGCAUCAAAUCAAAAAACAUCCUCACAUGGGCUGUACCAACAUUCAGAAUCCUAUCAAGAAUCUCAGUCAGACAAUUGCUCUUCUCAAAACAUUUUAAAUAAAAUAACCUCAAUAAAUGUGACUGAAAACAUUUGGAGUGAGAAUGUAAAAGACUCUAACAUCAAAGAAAACAAACCAGGGGAAUCAGAAAAAUCUGAAAUGACUCCUUGGGUGCCUAUGGCGGAAAACCAAAUGCAGAAAGAGUCAGCCCAAUCCAAAGAAAUUAGUGUAAUCCAGAAAGAUUUUGUGAAACAGGCAGAAGCCACUAGCUCUCAAGAACCUCUCACAGAUAGUGUGAUGAAUUCUGAAGCUGAAAGCCAUAGUGCAGCCGUUAAAUCGGGGGAGUCUGAGCCAGCAGCAGAAGGGUCUUUGUUUACCCCAGGAGCUGCAAAUACAUGCCGCGUUAGCCAGUCAGCCCACAUGGACUCUUCUGUUUCUGUGUCACCUCUGGCUUCUUUCACUGAUGUGGAUCCUGGAAGUUCUUCCUCCUUAAAAUUGUUGUCACUUUGUCAUGGUGUGGAAGUGCAGGUAAAGGACAAUGACAGCUCUUCAGUGGAAGAAGAAACUACCAAUUACAUUGAAAUAACAUCCAAUAGUCCCCUUUUGACCGACGCUAGUAGUCUAUAUACAGUUGAAGCAAUGGCCAGUACUCCUCCCCACACAACAUUAGCUGAUAAUCCUCAGUUACCUGAAACAACAACUGAAUUACCCAUUUCUUCUGAAAAGGGUGAUAUUUCUGAUGACCUAGCAUCCAACAGUUCAUCUCUGCCAGAAAUAAUCACCCCUACUCAGUCUUCAACAGAAGUAACUUUGAAGAGUCCUUUCCCAGCAGUAAGUGAAUCUCCAUCUCCAUCAUCAAAGUUCAAAAACCUUCCCAUCAUUGAAAUAAUUCCCUGCAGUCCGCUUUCUACAAAAACAUUGUCAAGAAGCACAAGUUUAAUAGAAACAUAUUCUAGCAAACUUCCUUCUCUUGAAGUGUCAUCCAUCGGCCAAUGUGCAUUUGAGCCAAUCUCCAGGAUCUCCCACUAUGAUCUAGUAGACCCCAGUGACGUGCCAUCAUCAAAAACAAAUCACAAUAUCUCAUUGUCAGCAGAAACAAUACCCAUUAGAUCUCAAUCACCACAAAGAACAUCCAUAAGCAAGUCUUCAGAAGAAAACCAGCCCAGUCUACCAUCAUCUACUAAAAUAAGGUCCAGUGAUCCUAAGAAGGGAUCACCAUACAGCAGGUCUUUUUCUGUUGACACAACACACACCCCUAACUGGCCAUCACACAAACCAUCUGCCGACUUUGUUUCGAGAAAUGCAACACCUGAAGAUGCUGCUUUAGCUAAUAUAACACUUCCUUGGUCAAUAACAUCCACAGCAAUUUCUACUAGCCAGUCAAGUGUCGAUGAGAUACAUAUCAUAGGGACCCUUCCACAGGAAGUGCAUGUCUUUGCCUCUGGGAGAACAGUAAUGAUGAACAACGGUUCAGAUACAGAAGACACAGCCUCUCCUCAUAUGCUCUCAGAUUCACCCUGUUGUUCAGCAAUACCUGAGGAUUCAAUGCAGAGUGAAGCGGUGCUCAGCAGCCUAUCACUGGCUGAAAUAAAUAACCCAGAAUCUACAACACUGGAUAUCACCUUGUCAGAACAGUCUUCAUCGGCUUUUACUCCAACAGAUGGCACAUUCUCCCCUUUGUCAUCAACUCUAGAUUGUAUGACUCCUGCUGAUCCGGUGGAGGGAACGGGUGAAUUUAGGAUGUUGGGAACUGAUACCCCUCACAGAGAUUCUGCCUAUUUUUCUGAUGGAGAAAGCGAUUUAGAGAGGGGAAGGAGAGGAACCACUGCAAACAGAAUAGGUAGUGCUGAGGAUAUGGAAGAGCUGCAAGGUAAAAAGCAACAGCAAAGGUUGGAAGGAAUACCAGAGAAGCUGGAAAAUGAGGGUUCCCUGUUGAAUUUUAAUGACAAAGAAGUGAAUCAAAAAGACUCAAAUCAGGUCCUUAGGUUGGACAAUCUGAUUUUAUCAGAGGAUCUGGGAGGAAUACUGGAGAACCGCAUAGAAAAAGAUUUUGGAAAAGGACAGGGGGAGCAUUUUGAUAAUACAGCUUUGGAUGAGAUGAGAGAAGGAAUGGAGUUUGAUAAAGAUAAGUUCAGGAUACACAAUAAGUCUACAGAGGUGCAGGAAAUCCAAGAGUAUUCUAGACAGAAGGAAGUUCAAAAUCAAAACUGUAACGACACAGAGAGACAAAACAUUCAGAAUAUUUCCAAAGCAAAUCCUCAAUUGAUAGCUCUCCAAGCUUCAGAUGUUUUACAAAUGCAAAAGGAAGUACUGCUCAAAAACACUGGAAAUUUGACAGAGCAGCAGGUUAUUAACACCCAAUUUUAUGCUAACCUGGAGAGUGACAUUCUAAGAACACAGCUGCCCAAAGAAGAGGUGUUAGAUGCAGAUUUAGAGAAAUUCAACAAAAGGAAUUGUGAAAAGUCACCAACUGAAGUUCAAAGUACAUGCCUAAAAUCUCCACAGAUCUACCAGUACAUCUCUGAGAAUGACUCCCAGGGCUCCUGUAUAUUUAAAAGCUACAGUGAUACUGGACUCUUUGAACAAACUGACCUCCUAGACAGUUCUUCAAGUCUCUCCUCAAUCCAUAGUUUUAGCAUGGCAGAAGAAGAGAGAACUCUGCUCAAGAACUUGAGCGACCUGGACUCUCUAAAAAAAUUAGAUCUCCAACAACAACUUGGGAAUUACAGCAUGUCUGAUGUGGAAUUUUUAGCAGACAACUUUGAGAUCCAAGACCUUGAGCAAAACUCGAUCUGGAGUGAUCCAGAAUCUCAACAUCGGGAUCCAGAGCAGGACUCACUAGAAAACUUUGAAAAGCUAGAAAUGAUAUGUCUUGAGCAGAAUUCCCUUGAGAACUACGAGAAUGCUAGUUAUACAGAUUCACAAGGAUCUGCAGAAGACAUUUUCAAGAAAUUAGAUAUGAGUGAAGAUCGGACUAUGGAAAUUAUACGUAUGCAACAGCAGUCCCUAGAAAAACUAAAAAAACUCAGACCUCAUUGA